GGAUAUGCAUAAACAGAAGUGACAAAGAUACUUGGGCUUACAUCUUUCUGUUUCAGCUCAACAUAGAACCAUGGGAAUAGAGUUGUGUUCCAGAGGUUUGAUCUUCAUUUGUUGCUUGUUUUUCCUUGCUUUACUAGCUUCAGGGGAGAGUCUGCUCCCACAAAAGAAGGUGGGGAAUUGCACCUAUGCAAUAACAAUAGCAACAACGUGCACAAUGGGAGCAGGAACUGCAGAUCAUGUUAGCCUGAGAUUCGGAGACACGAAAUCAGAUGACAUAGUAGUGCACCAUCUCAACUCAAAGCAUGUAAGAAAGUUAGAUCCAUUGCAGCCUGAAGUGCUCGAUGAUAUGCCUAGAAGACCUUUCCAGGCUUGCAUGGUAGACCAGUUUCAAGUCACAGGCCAAUGUGUGGACUCACCAAUCUGCUACUUGUAUCUAAAAUUGGCUGGAAAGGAUGAUUGGAGGCCAGGUUUUGCUCAAGUUAGGGUACUAGAAAUGGAAGGAUCGCAUCUUAGCUCAGAUUACUUCUAUUUUCGUCGGUAUUUGCCUCGACAUGUUUGGCAUGGCUCUGAUUUGUGUGACAGAGAGGUUACUCCUUUUGGGAUUAAACAUAAAAGAAAGGUCUUUGCAAGGAAGCUGGCUAAUUAAUUACAAUGGUGGGCACAUAAAAUCAAUAGCUACAUUUUGUAUAUAGUUAAUUAGUGCUAAUUGAUUGAAUAAAUUAUGCCAUUAUAUAUUUUGUGGAUAGCUAUAGUGCUCAUUAAUUAAGUAAAAGAAAAUGUUUGAUUAAUUU